CUUUGAUAAGAUGUCGAGAGAAAAAAAUUCUUUGGCCAAGAAACGUGAUCAUGCAUCUUUAAAUAAUCCGUCUAACUCAAACAAAAAAGAGCAACUUUCUACUUCAAAAAAGCGAAUAGUAUCUAAAAAAAAUAAUACAGUCACGAUAAGAGAAAAACAUGAUAAUGAUACAAAUAUAUUAAUGUCAAAAAUCACGACUAGCAACAAUUCUUCCACGUUAAAAACAAAAAAAAUUCGUGUGAUUGCUGGUAGUUAUGAGUGA